AUGGUGGGCAUGUCGUCCUCUAUGUCUCUGCCUCCUGUACCGGAGGCGGUGCUCGAGGGACUCCUGUCGCCGGCGUUCAGAAUGCCGUCGUGCGUACUGCCGCAGCACUACGCACUGGAGUUUCAGCCUGACGCGCAGCACAGCGCCUUUCUUGGCUCGGUGUACAUAACGCUGCGUGUGCUCGAGGCACCCGCACAUCCUUUUCACCAUCUCAUCCUCCAUGCACUGGGCCUUCGCGUUGAGGCGUCAUCAAUACGUGUCUUUGUGCCCACGGACCCCUCUAGCGUCUUUGGCGACGCUGUCCUGCCGGCUCACCCGAGUCACCACCUUGGUGAUGAGAUGUCACGUCAACGACCGUUCCGGAUGGAGGAGGGUCACUAUGUUGCGUGCCAAAGCUUGAACACGAUCGACAUCAGUGAGACGGUGCUGCUUUCCUUCGCCGAGUGCUUGCCGAGUGAGGUGGGUGACACCUUCACGCUUAUUGUCGACCGUUUCGGCGGCGUCAUCGAGACGCCUCCCGAAAUGGAGGGGCUUUUCCAUUCCAGCCCCACUGAUGCCACCGUACUGAGCACGCACCUCGAGCCGACUGGAGCGCGCCGGCUCUACCCCUGCUUUGAUGAGCCAGCGAUUCAAGCCACCUUUCAGUUGUCUGUCAUCGCCGCCGCCGCGCAAACGGUUCUGUCGAACACGGAAGUUGAGGCGGACAUAACAGUGACAUCGCUGCCAUACGUCGUGCAGGCGCGGCAGGGCAUGAGUGAGGACACCGACGACCCGCGUGGAGAGGCAAUCGCGUCGCUGACGUGCGCUUCGCCAUCGCGCCAGCCAUCGCCUCCAGCGGCAUCCUGGCACUGCAUACGUUUCCGAAUCACCCCCCCACUUCACACCUGCAUUGUUGGGUUUCACGUGGGUCGCUUCACCUUUCUCGAGCAGCGCUCGCCACGCUCACGAGUGCUGUGCCGAGUGGUGCUGCCGCACACAGAACCGAGCAGCAGCGGCUGUUUUGCGCUUGACUUGGCCACUAAGGCCGUCGAUUUCUUUGCGGAUUUCUUCGGUGUGCGACUGCCGCUGAGGAAGCUGGACGUGGUCGGCGUGGAGGCGUUCUCUGUGCUUGGCAUGGAGAACUGGGGUAUGAUCAACCUGCUGAAGGACUACCUUGUGGUGACUUCGACGACUCCGCUGGAGCGCCGCCAGCGCUUGACGCGGCUUAUUGGCCACGAGAUCUGCCACCAGUGGUUUGGCGACUGGAUCUCCAUCGAGUGGUGGAACUGUCUGUGGCUGAAGGAGGGUAUGUGCCGCUACCUUGAGUACUUCUUCAGCAACGCCGUUUUCCCUGGCUGGGGCCUGUGGAACGAGUUCUUGUGCAACAUAAUGAGUGGCGCGCUGCUCGCCGACGCUGACCCGCGCGAGACGCACCCGGUUGACUGUUGUAACCCGGCACCACGACGUAUCUACGACUCCUUCGACGCAAUCAGCUAUGGCAAGGGGGCGUGCGUGCUACGGAUGCUGUUCAGCAUCAUCGGUGUGGAAUGGCUGAAACGCGCAACGCACCUGCUGAUGAUGCGCUUCGCCGGACGCGCGAUCAACGCGAAGGACCUCGGUGACUGCAUCGUUGACACGGCAGAGGAGCGAUGCAGUGGUGAGGCGCAGCGGCAGCACUUCAAGGCGAUUUGCUCGUGUCUUCGCAUGAUGGAGACGGUGAGCCACCCCUACCUCUACAUCUACCAGGGGCCAGACGAGUCCUAUACGAUCACGCAAUACAUAUCUCCGAGCAAGCGGCACGGCCUUCUCAUCGAGUACCUCGAGCAGCAGCGCAGCAGAGAAAAUGCACCGGUAAUUGACCUCUUCUCCGCUCCUGUCCACGCAUCGUUUGAGUGGACGCCGGAGACGACGCUCCGUCGUUUCCCCGCAUCCUUCUCGAUUCCGCUGCGCACCGUGCAGUGGACGCCGAGCGGCCACAGUAAUAUGCAUCUCAUCUUCCUCGAAGAGGUAGAGCACCACUCCGCCUAUCCAACAUCUGCGUCUACGCUGAUGGCGACGAGAGGGGCCCUUCUCACACCGCCGGCAGCGGUGCAUGGCCACGCCGGUACUGAGGCUGGAGCGGUGCCGGGGGCAGUGACCUCCUCCCCUCCCUACCAGACCCCACCGUUGUCGCCCCCUUUUGGGGCACUGAGUGGCCCGUGCUACUUCAACCAAGGCGGCAGCGGUUUCUUCCAGUGCGACUACGACGCAGCGACGUGGCGCCGCCUCUUCGAGUUCAUCGCCUUCUUCUCAGAGGAGGACCGGAUGAUCACCACAAUGCACUUCAUCAAUUUCGCCAAGGCGCAGCUCGGCCAUCAGCCCGGUGACACCGGCGAUCGCUGCACGCUCUUCUUCGAGUGGCUGCUGCACCUUACCAGCACACCCGGCGCCAUGAACUCGUUUUUGUGGGAACUCGUCACCAAGGCGCUCAUGACACUCGUCCAGCUGGUGCAGUCGCACUACUGCCACUCGAUCGUGAAGGAGUUUGUGAACACUCUCUACGUGCCCUUGCAGCGGCGCUGUGCGCUGUCAUUCUUCGCCCAGGAGAAUACGGCGUCCUUCCAGAGCUCAACCCACCUUUCUCGUCAACUCGUGCUCCGCAUCCUGCAGUUGCUGUGUCUCUGCAACAACCCAGCGGUGAUGGAGGAGGCAGAGAAAGCCGCGCAGUGGUCGCUCGCGACGCUGCUGUCACCUGACGACUCGUCCCUCCAUACAUCCAGCAGCCUACUCAGCACCGCCGCUGGUGGCACUGGGAAGGAGGCGUUUGGCAGCGGUGUCGCAUACCCUAGAAACACAAGCACCUCCGCCAGCCCUGGGCAUCCCUCCGACUCAGGUGUGAGUGCCGGGUUCCCGCUUUCUGCAGAGGUUGCCACCGUUCGAAGCAGCGGCUCUUCGCUGCCAUUAACCUUGCCGCCUGCGGCAGUGGUGCGGCCACUUCGUGAUGUGUCGGCACCACCGGCGACGCCGAUGGGCAACAUAGCGAACUCGUACUCGCACGGCUCCGUUAAGCUUACCUCUUCGCCGGGAAAAGUACUGAAUGUGUCCAACGAGUCGAUUUUGGGGUACGCCGCCUCCUCGGUUCCCCACUCUGGGCUGCUACUCUCGUCUGCUCCGGUGGCCGAGCCUGGCAGCAGCGAUCUGUUCGACGCCACCUACACCAACCCCUCAGGUGGUGUGGGCGGGGGAUCCAGCGCGAAAAGCACGAACUUGCACAGCCACCUCUGCCACCUCACCGGCGACUUUCACAUCGAUGAUCCCAGCCACAUUGAAGCCGGCUCAAUCGCGCUGACGCACCUCGUCACGCAGGGUAGGCUGACGUACUGGGUAGCGGCCGCGGCUGUUGCCGUGGAGCUGCUGCGGCUGAACCGCGACGAGCUGGAGCGGGUGGGCGCGAUGCCGGUACCAGUAGCGCGAAUGGCGAAGGUGAGUCCAGAGCAGCGACGCAGAGUCCUGCAGCUCGUCCUUCCCCCAGUGUUCGCGCUCAACCAGAAGUCGGCAUUCCCGUUCAUGGAAAAAGUGUUCUACGCCGUGCCGGUUCUCGAGUCGUCCAUCGUCAUGGGGCUCUACCGCAACUCGUGCUUCUUCUCGCACCUGCUGUCAAACCGGCAGCUUAUGACUGACCGACACACGUUAGAGUUUAUUCUCCGCUACGGCGCUGAAGUGUGCGCUAACGGCUAUGUCGUUGCACAGCUGAAGCUGCUGGUGUACGCUUGCCUAUCCGUGCACAGCCCUGCUCUCACAGCGAGCGUGGAGCAGUACAAGGGCGUGGAGUUCGCUGACAGCUCGCAGCCGACGGACUCGUUCUCAUCCAGGAAGUGUUCCUCGAAGUCCUCUUCGCCGGGGACUUCCUCGAACAGUGCGGCUGUGUCGGAGCGAAGCGCGCUGCGUGCGCGGUAUCCUGCGGUGGUGGAGGUGUUGGAUUGCAUGGAGUCCAACUGCGUCUGGAUAGAUUAUUGCAGCAGCUACUACGAUCAGUUUCUGUGCGAGAAGCUGCAUAGUGCGGCGCGGCAGCCGAUGCGCAAUGGGGGGUAG